CCUCGUCAAGAAAACAUAUAAAAUGAGAUCUUUGAUUCUGGUUAUUAAUUGAGGCAAAAAUAAUCUGUUUAUGAACUAUUUUUUGGGGUGAAAAUUCUGUUAAAGGCUUUAAGAAUUUGCAAUGCAGUUGAGUCUAGUGGUGGCGAUUUCUCUCCUUGGUAAGUCGCUGCUAUUAUAUUGUUUUUUAAAGUAUGCUAUACUUAGAAUUGAAUUUUUAAAAACCCUGGUCAAGUAUGUAGCUCAGGUGAAAAGGUUUCAAACUCAAGACAGUCAUGCAAUUGCUAUCUAGCAACGGCUGUUGUAGUCACAUGACAUGAACGGGGUCAAAUUUAAGCAUCUUUAAAAAAAAAAAAGUUUCAAAUUCUCUUAAAUAAUAUCUCGGCUUGGCCCAGGCACAAGGGUUGGUCGCCAUUUAUGGCACGAUCAAGGGCAAUUCAGUCAAGCGUUAUGUCGGUCUCGAAUCAGGAAGAUACUCUUGAACCACAACAAACACCAGGAAGAAACUCUUGAACCAUCCCAAAGACAAUGAAUCUCGCUGCGAGUGGUGUCCGUUAUUGUAAAUAAAAAACGCGAAUGAAAUAUUACAGUAAACACCUCGGAGCUCCAUCCUCGGCUGCAGCUGGAGAAUAUCUGAACGGCUGCUGGUUUAGCACUGGGCAUCGACUUUGAAAAUUCGUAUUUGGGGGGGGGGGGAAUCAGCAUUAGUGUAGAAUAAUAGAGCACCAGCUUCCCCAAUGCUUACUGAAAAUUAAUAUCUUGAGAAUCAUAAGAAAUGGAGGCUUGUUGCUGUGAUUUAAACACCCCGAGGGCAUGAGACUGUGUUUUUUUACACAAUCAACUGUGUAUCCCCUAACAUUUCACCAAGACUCACAUCGAGGCUAAUCUCCGUCUCUAACAACUACCUUAUUGAAGGAAGGAGAGGAGACAAUAUGAAAUUUUGGAGAUACUUUUUCAAAGUUAAAUAUUUGAACCUGACUCUGGGGAAAUUAGCUUGUUCAAGCCCAAAUACCGAGCUUUCCCGCACGUUAAAGUUAUUGACAUCAAACAACAAUGUUACCAAGGAUGUGGUUGUUGACAUCAAACAACAAUGUUACCAAGGAUGUGGUUAUUGACAUCAAACAACAAUGUUACCAAGGAUGUGGUUAUUGACAUCAAACAACAAUGUUACCAAGGAUGUGGUUAUUGACAUCAAACAACAAUGUUACCAAGGAUGUGGUUAUUGACAUCAAACAACAAUGUUACCAAGGAUGUGGUUAUUGUUAUUUUUUAAGAUUUUUCACUGUUUCAAGAAAUAAUCAGAAAGAAAAUUGUAAGCCAACUGGAUAACAGAGCCAUUUGGUUUCAAGGUGCCAUUCAAGGGGCUCAGAAGUGUGUCAAGGACAGUCACGGCAUCUUGAGGCACAACGGCAAGCCGUGUGCCAGCACAACACGGUACGACGACGGCAACAGAGGGGCGUGUGGAUGCGGGCCACCUAACUCAAGUAAGUUACAUGUUGGGCCGUGUGGAUGUGUGGGCCACCUAACUCAAGUAAGUUACAUGUUGGGCCGUGUGGAUGUGUGGGCCACCUAACUCAAGUAAGUUACAUGUUGGGCCGUGUGGAUGUGGGCCACUAACUCUAGUAAGUUACAUGUGAGGGCGUGUGGAUGCGGGCCACCUAACUCUAGUAAGUUACAUGUUGGGCCGUGUGGAUGUGGGCCACUAACUCUAGUAAGUUAAAUUUUGGAGCAACUGGACGCAGACAACCUAAUUCUUAUGAUUUACAUGUUCGGGCAAAAGAAUAUGGCUAACCUAAUUCUAGUAAGUUACAUGUUCACUUUUGUAAAUGUUUACUUUAUUAUGUGUUUUGUUGUAAAUGUGGCGUCUUUGAGUUGGUUGACUUCACCGUCCUCAUCUCCCAGCCAAGCGCAGACAUAAACAAAUAUGGUUUCUGUGUAUGUUAAUACACUCACACUCAUACACUUAUUGUGUACACAAUAGGAGCCAUCUUUACGAUCUUAAGGGCCAAAUUGCAUUUAUUUUUUUGCCACACGUUUUAACAAAAGAGCCCAGAACCGUCAGCCGAAUUGAAACUAUUUAACAAAAUAAUAAUUUUUUUCUUUUAGUUUCUUGAUGGCAAACAUCCCAGUCUUGAAUAUAAACAAAAAAAUUCUUUCGUUUUCUCGUUGGCACAUCGUACAUGUUGGAGAAAAAAAAAUGAAAAUUUUAUUGUUUACGUUUUGUCUCCAGAUACACCAUUCGCCUGGAACCUGGAGGACUAUGUGACCGCCCCGAACCAGAAGUUUUUCGAUGACGGCGGGGACAAGCAGUGGUGCGGCCAUAACUGUGGCCACUGUGUCAAGCUGACCCCAACUGGUAAAGUCGUUGGUCCUUAACGCAAUCACAUCUUUUUACGAAUCCACGGAGACCUAAAAGACUCAUUGUGCUGAUAACAUGGCCAUCCGUCACCAUUUUUAAAUGAGAUUUUUAUUACAAUUUUAAAAAGAGAUACUUUUUAUUUUGAUUUCUUUUCUUGAACAUUGUCCGUUCAAGUCCGUAACAACGAUGAACGGUUUGUUCCCUCUCCAGGUGGAUUUGUUCCGGGCAAGGGUCAAGCGCCUCACAGCCUCAAUGCUCACAUCUUCAUGGUCACUAACGACUGUCCAAUAGUCGGCAACCAGGAGUGGUGUGGCCAGGCCGGCAAACCAGGAACCAGUAAGUACCUCGCAGUCGACGGUGAGACCAGAAAUGGUUCGAUAGAUGCCAAAAUCAUGUGAAUUUGCCAGGAAAUUCUGGACUGCUCGCGUUAGCUCUUUCUUCCGUCUCUGGUGCAUGGCUUUCCAGACUCAUCAUGUUGGUGCACCACUCUUAAGACACAUCAUUUUGGUGCAACCCUCUAAAGACACAUCAUUUUUGGUGCAUCACUCUUAAGACACAUCAUGUUGGUGCACCACUCUUAAGACACAUCAUGUUGGUGCACCACUCUUAAGACACAUCAUGUUGGUGCACCACUCUUAAGACACAUCAUUUUGGUGCACCACUCUUAAGACACAUCAUGUUGGUGCACCACUCUUAAGACACAUCAUUUUGGUGCACCACUCUUAAGACACAUCAUUUUGGUGCACCACUCUUAAGACACAUCAUGUUUGUGCACCACUCUUAAGACACAUCAUUUUUGGUGCACCACUCUUAAGACACAUCAUGUUGGUGCACCACUCUUAAGUCACAUCAUGUUAUUUGUUGCACCACUCUUAAGACACAUCAUGUUGGUGCACCACUCUUAAGACACAUCAUGUUGGUGCACCACUCUUAAGACACAUCAUGUUGGUGCACCACUCUUAAGUCACAUCAUGUUGGUGCACCACUCUUAAGACACAUCAUGUUGGUGCACCACUCUUAAGACACAUCAUUUUUGGUGCACCACUCUUAAGACACAUCAUGUUGGUGCACCACUCUUAAGACACAUCAUGUUGGUGCACCACUCUUAAGACACAUCAUGUUGGUGCACCACUCUUAAGACACAUCAUGUCGGUGCACCACUCUUAAGACACAUCAUGUUGGUGCACCACGCUUAAGACAGAUCACUUCAUGGCCCAGUCAUAUAGUUUUGUUAUGAACUGCGUGUUCUACGUACUUUUUUUAAAGACAUAUCGUGACAUAUGGAGGGUAAUACGAAAUAAGGGUGGCCCAAAUUAUUUUACAGUCACGCCUUGUAUGAGAAUUAACAUGUCACGCCUUGUAUGAGAAUUAACAUGUCACGCCUUGUAUGAGAAUUAACAUGUCACGCCUUGUAUGAGAAUUAACAUGUCACGCCUUGUAUGAGAAUUAACAUGUCACGCCUUGUAUGAGAAUUAACAUGUCACGCCUUGUAUGAGAAUUAAAAUGUCACGCCUUGGAUGAGAAUUAACAUGUCACGCCUUGGAUGAGAAUUAACAUGUCACGCCUUGUAUGAGAAUUAACAUGUCACGCCUUGUAUGAGAAUUAACAUGUCACGCCUUGGAUGAGAAUUAACAUGUCACGCCUUGUAUGAGAAUUAACAUGCAUUUGAAAUGUCAUGAUUUGGUUUUUUUUCUAUAUCGGAAAGUCGGGAAUGUUUAGGAAACCUGGUCAGAGUGGUAAAUCACGUGCAUGCCUCACUGAUCGAAUUCCUCGCGACACGCCUGCCCUCUGCAGGCGACACACUAAUGUGUCACGGCACACAGUUUAGGGACGAGAACGGCCUCAUGGGAUUAGUUCGAGGAAAAAAUGUGCAGGAUCUGUCCUAAUGAGUGUCUUAAAAGAAUUCAUCAUAAGAAAUUCAACGUUGGCAGGAGGGCUCAUGUACCAGCUCAGCGUUUAAUUGUUCUGUGUAUAUUUAUGGUUCUGGUAAAUAGCAAGUUUCAUAUUAAAAAUGAACGUGUUUUUGUUUUUUUUGGUUUUUUUUUUUACACGACAUCAAAAAGGCAAAUUUUUCUUUGGCAACAUUGUGCACUGUCACGUGAAGAUUUAAUUUUUUUUUUUUUCUUUUUCCUCAGACUUAGUUGACUAGCUUUGUAACCCGUGUAUGUCUCACUCCUCAGACCACGGUAACUCACAUGGCUAUGAGAUCCACUUCGACUUACUGAACCCUUUCUAACCCUUGUAUGUCUCACUCCACAGACCACGCUAACUCACAUGUCUAUGAGAUCCACUUCGACUCACUGAACCCUUUGUAACCCUUGUAUAUCUCACUCCUCAGACCACGCUAACUCACAUGUCUAUGUGAUCCACUUUGACUGACAGAACCCUUUGUAACCCUUGUAUAUCUCACUCCUCAGACCACGCUAACUCACAUGGCUAUGAGAUCCACUUUGACUGACAGAACCCUUUGUAACCCUUGUAUAUCUCACUCCUCAGACCACGCUAACUCACAUGGCUAUGAGAUCCACUUUGACUGACAGAACCCUUUGUAACCCUUGUAUAUCUCACUCCUCAGACCACGCUAACUCACAUGUCUAUGUGAUCCACUUCGACUUACAGAACCACAAAAGUCAGAUCGCAGCUCUCGGCUGGGACAAUCCCGAGGUCACGUGGGAGUCCGUCGCGUGCCCUGCGGGCCGUGUGGCCCACUGGCACCAGUGCGAGUGUUUCGGCAGUGCCGGGAAAUAAGACUGCGGGAAUUCCAAUGUGAGAAAAGUUUUAAGGGAAUUUCAUUCAUCUUACUGUCCUUCACAUUCAUUUUUUUCAGGAUAUUAAAUAAAAUUUCAGUUAACCCCUUGAGUACACUGACUAUAGAAAUCAAAAGAAAACUGAUUUUAU